UCCAUACUCACCCCACCCCACCCCACCCGCCAACCUAAGCAUUUAUUUCAACUUGUAUAUUUACACAUGCACUUUUGACUUUUUUUUACCAAAAAGCAUUUGUUAAAAUCAUGUGGCCUUGUAAAUAAUCAACCUCAAAACUAAUGGAAUGUGGCAUAGAUUGAUAAACCAUUGGAAUACUUUUGUCUUGGUAAAAGAAGUUCUCGAUGAUAAAGCUGCAUGUCUUGCAUCUUUAUCUAGUUAUAUAUUGCAGGUUAAUGAUGUCAUUUUCUUUGUAAUAGAUAGCUUAUUACCUGAGAAGAAUGCACUUCUGGAAUUGCUUAUAUAAUUGUGACGUCAUUAUGCAUAAAUAUAUUAUGGCCAUUCAGUUCCAUAUUACACACAAUUGCCAAAUAAAUGAACAGCUUGCAAAAAAAUUUCGGCGUUAUAGUAUUUUUUCCUUUCAUUGGCUAACCAGAUAACAUUCCUGUAAUUAUCUUGGCUGUCAAAUGUUGUGUAUUUCUUUAUAACAGAACUUUUCUACAGUAAGGGGAUGUGUUGACCAUUUGACAAUGACUUCGUGACCAGAAAUUUUCCUAAAUUGUCUUUAUAUGGUCUUUCUUCCUGCCACUGCAGUUUUGCGUGCGCUCGAUGGAAAGCAAUGAAGAAGACGGUGAAUUUAUUUCUGGCGUUGUUGAAGGGUUUUAUGGAAGACCUUGGACAUUUGACCAGCGCAAAGAACUGUUUAUUAGACUGAAGAAAUUGGGGUUGAAAUUUUAUCUUUAUGCUCCAAAAGAUGACAUUAAACAUCGUGCUUUGUGGAGAGAGCUUUAUAUCCAGGAGGAGUUAGACAACUUAAGAUCUUUGAUAACUUGUGCGAAAGAAAAAAAUGUCGUCUUCAUUUAUGCAUUGUCACCGGGCUUGGACAUGGUGUUUUCUAGCACCAAAGAAGUUGAUAUGCUCAAAAAGAAGAUAAAGCAGAUCGCAGACCUAGGCUGCAUUGCCUUUGCGCUUCUUUUCGAUGACAUUGAUCCUGAAAUCCGACCAGCUGACAAGAGUACAUUCCAGUCUUUUGCGCAUGCUCAAGUCGCAGUUGCUAAUGAAAUCUUCACGUUUUUGAAUGAACCAAAAUACUUUCUGUUGUGUCCUACAGAGUAUGCAGCUUCAAGAGCAGUACCUACAGUGGACAAAUCUUGUUAUCUAUCUACAUUAGGGAACAAACUUAAUCCUGCUAUUGACAUUAUGUGGACAGGGCCUAAAGUUAUUUCAAAAGUUAUCACAACACACUCCAUUAGGGUUGUAACAAAUGUUUUAAGACGCAAGCCAAUCAUAUGGGACAACAUACACGCGAAUGAUUACGAUCAGAGGCGAUUGUUUCUUGGUCCUUAUGAUGGCCGACCCAUACAUUUAUAUACACAUCUUCGGGGUAUUCUUACAAAUCCAAACUGUGAAUUUGAAAGCAAUUUUAUCGCUAUACAUACAUUAUCCACUUGGAUAAAAUGUGCUCGUGUAACCUUCUUUGGAGAAGAUGACGAAAGUACUAGGGAUAAUAAAGACAUUGAACCAAUGGAAGAUGAACCCAUUAUAGAUAGCCAAUCGGAAAGUAAAGAAUCGAGUGUUGACAAGGAGGACAAGACAGACUCGUCAAUGGAAACCGACACAGAACUCGAAGUAGCCGCGGCUGUCUCACAAACAGUUUUACCAAAGUCCAUCACUAUUUUGAAAGCAUAUAAUCCUGAAGAGGCUCUCAAACUAGCUGCGACGGAAUGGUUGAAGGAAUUCACAAAUCCGAAAAAUGUUAUUUUUAGUUCGUACGCUAAGAGUGGACCAUAUUCCGUAGUUAACAAUUCCACAACUGUUCAAAGCACUGCAAGUCUUCCAGGCCAAACUAACGUGAUCAAUACUACACUUACCCAGACAAACUUUACUUCUUCGGUUAUUAAGCAAUCAGUAAAAAUUGCUUCGGCACCCUCUCCUGUGAAAGUUGCGAAGGAAAAAAGCAGAAAUAAGAUCAAGAAAGGCACAGAGGCCGAAACUUCUUCAUCUGCCGAGGUUGUCGUCGGUGAAGACAUGGAAGUCGUUGAAACGAAAACCGAUUUUAAAGAUGAUAUCACGAAACCAAAACAUGAACUGCCAUUUCGUUUAACUGUUGAGGACGUCCUCUUAUUGGUCGAUUUCUUUUACCUUCCCCAUCAGCACGGAAAGAGAGCACUCCAGAUUCUUAACGAGUUCAAAUGGUUAAAAGCAAACUCCAUAAAGAAUGAUGAGUUAUCUGAAACAGAAAGCACUAAAAAGGUCUCUGAAUGGAAGGAAAGAGCAAAGAAGUUUCACGAAUAUGUUGAAAAUGUCUCUAGUAUGUUCCUUCGUCUGUCUGAUACACCAAACCGCGCUGUUCUAUACGAUCUUUAUCCUUACAUCUGGGAUGUAAAGGAAGUUGUUCUACUGCUUGACUCUUUUAUCAAUUGGCUGGAUUCAAAAACAAAAAAGCGAAAGGACAAAUCAUUUAUUCCCGACGAUCCUGAGCCAUGGGUCAUACGAGGUGGAAUAUGCGGGGAAAUGCAGCGUUUACUGCCGAUGCUUGAAGGAGGUAGUGACUUGUUCACACAGGGUGCUCCGCAAGUCCCGACAGCCAGUGUCUACACCAUUCGCCCUUAUACUGCUGCUGAUAAGGACGAACUUUACAAGAUUUGCCUUUCCACGUGUGACGAUGGUCAAGAUGGACACGAUUUGUUUCCAGGCGAUUCAAAUAUGGCUGGAGAUAGAUUUAUCGGUCCAUAUUUAAGCAUUUGCCCGGAAACGGUGUUUGUUGUCGAAGAUAAAUUUGGCUUGUGUGGUUAUGGCAUCGCUGCGGCAGAUGGAAGAAGUUUUUACGAACAAUAUAAAAAUGAUUGGCUGCCUAAGAUGUGUGAGAAGUACAGCAAACCUUGUGGUGAUCCUAACGAUUUUCUUUACUCGGAGCAGAUUGCCGAUAGUUUCCAUAAUCCAUCCAUAUAUCUUCCCGAUGAACUUUACAAUAAAUAUCCAGCUCAUGUUAGAAUCGAUCUUCUGUCUCGCACUCAGGAUCUUGGUAUUGGCAAACGUCUUUUGGCUUGCAUUUUAUCCGUCUUGAAAUCUGAAGGAUGUCGAGGGGUAUAUGUUGAGAUCGCCAGUACAAAUAGGGACGCCUUGAACUUUUAUUCACGACUCGGGUUUUCUGAUGUGCCAUCUUUAAAAGAUAUACCAGAUGAUAUAGUUCUUCUCGGCAGAACUAUUUGAAUAUGUAUAGGAUUUAACAAAAAAAAACACUUUGUAAAUUAUUGCGGCGAUUUUAUUUUCACGCGUUACGUUACAACUUACAAGCGUGCGGAAAGUAAUUUAUGACAACUAUUUUAUUAAGUCCUUAGGGGGAAAUAUCUUAUGGAUGCUUAACUUAUUAUGUAGAAUAUAUUGCCAUUGAUUUGAAAUGACUUGACAUAUGGUCAUAUGCAGAAGUAAUUUGUUCAAUUUCAUUUAGCUUGUGUUUAUUAGGUAUGUUCUAAAAAUUAAAAAUUUAGUGAUUUGAA